GGUAGAACCCACGAUCAUUAUGUGGCAUCGUCUUAUUCGUGAAGCUGACACGGCGUCAGGCAGACAUGGACGCACUGGAAUGGAAUAAGCUAACUAGGUAAAUUUAUCCAAACGAGAAACGUGAAACAAAAACGUAAAACACACGACUCAAACAAACCCCUGACCCCGACGGCAAAUUUACCAUUUCCGUUUGUUUCUUUCUCUACGAGCGAGAAACGACUGCAAAUUUUUUGUAGACAGAAAGAGAAGCAGGGGCCGGCCGACCAUAGUCGACGAUCGGAGUGCUUUGCUACCAUUUGUACUUCUUAUAAUCGUUCGGUGAUCGGCGGUUUUUUAGUUAUGUAAUCCGCUCCUCUCUGCAUUUUCCUGAAAGGUAGCCUACCUUCUUCUACCGUUAUCGUUCAGUGCUAGCUCAUGCUUUCUCUUCCCUACCGUUAUGUAUCUGAGUAUGCAUGCGAAAGCGAGUGCGUCGUCGAUUUACGGAUAUUUGUUGGUUUCUGUGCUUUGAAAUGAGUUAGGUGAAUGUAAUCAGGCUUCGAUUCGUGGAGAUCUUAGGGUUUAAAAUGCUCCCGCGCUAGCUCAGACCUUUGCCUUGUCACUGAUUUUCUUGCUGGGAAUAGGAUAUGAAGUUUAUAGUCCGAGCUGAGUAACUUGGAGCGGUUAUCAGUACAUCUUUAGAGGGGAAACAAUUGUCUGGCUAGGUGCAAGGCUUGUUGGAAUGUUGAUCGAAUAAAGGUUCUAUGAAUUUUGGAAAUGUACUGAUGUUGGGAGUAUGCUGCUCUGAGAAUUUGCCUUGUCAUUGCAUUGUGAAUUUUCGGAGAAUGUAAGUUUUGUUGGUUCUUCUUAGCCUGGGUAUAUUAUCAUUAUAAGCGCACCAAGAGUUUCUAGUUCUUUGUUUGUUUGGUGUCUUAAGUAUCUAUAUAGGACGUCUGGUUGGCAUAGUUCAAGAAUCUUGCUUCCUGUUGUUGUACUUUAUAAUUGAUUCUCUCGUAUGAGCAUAUGCAUCGAUGAGAUUGUACAGCUCCAUUUGCAUCUCUUUAUCUAUUUUUACUGAGUUUUUCCCUUUCAGGAGUUAGAAUGAGUCCCUGAGAUCUUUCAGCCAUAUGGAUCUGCUUGUCACACUCACGGCUAUAGUGUAACCCAAACAGCAGCAUUUCCAGAAAAUUACUCUUCCUAUAAAAAUUACUUGAGAAAUAAAAUUAAUCCAAAAUUCAGCGACCUGCAUCAGGGGGCGAUUUGCCCCAAACAGCUGAGAGCUAUUUUACUGUAGCUCAAAGAGUGAAUUCCUCCAGCACAAUGAUGAUGGGGGAGGAUGUUGAGGGUGGGAGCCUGGGUUCGUACCAAAACAGGCCAAGGACUUUCCCCAAUAUGCGUAACAAAGCUUAUACUCCACUGGUAAGGAAUUCAAUCACUGCUUCCAUGUUUUUCUUUUCUCAUUUUAAAAUAAAUAUCCUCAUUCUUACUUUGCACCUUAUUUUGCGAAGAUGUGGUGGUCUGGUGGGCUUUUCUUCAAAUACAUAUAUAGAUGUGUGAUUCAGGAUCCAAUUUACCAAUAUUCUAGUAGCAGCAUAUUCUAUUUUUUAUGGCCAGUUGUUGGUUUCCGAAUUGCAUUACUUUUUGUCUGAAGUGGAUUUCUUCUCUAUAUAGUCCUAGAUUUGUCCUUAUUUUGUACGACUCACUUUAGUUAAGCUUCUACUAGUUAGUAGUUAGUGCGUUAUGGCUGGGUUAAGGUACUGGAUUUCAUGUGAGAUAUGACUAGCAAUUGUGUGUAUGCAAUCUAUGAAGAAAUUUCAUGUGAAAUAUGGUAAUGGCAAUAUGCUGAGAGUAUUUUCAAGUUACACCAACUAAAAGUUCUAUUGUGGUCUUCAUAGACCAAGCUCUGACAUAGGUUUUGUAACCAAUAUUUAUCCUAUUUAAUUUCAUCACUUCCGCUCUGGAUGGUCAAUAGUUCCUGCAACCCGCUGAUAUGUUUAAUUCCUGAACUUCCAUUUCAUCAGACUGACAACAGACAUAUCAUAUUGGUUAAUUGCUUUAUUUGUUAAUAUCCUAUGUCUUAGGAAGAUGCAUUGUCAGUAAUUAAUCUGUUUGAGCUAUCACUUUGUGCUGAUGUUAUAUCUUUAUUCUCUUUGUUUCCCCCCCUGCAGAUCUUUCGGAUUCUUAUGGGGAUUAAUGUUCGUGUUCUAUUUAUACUUUUGUUAUUGUCUUUGGGGAUGAUUUUUUACAUUGGAGCAAGCACUUCCGGAAUCAUUGUGUUUGUUUUCACAGUUUGUAUCAUCAGCUUCCUUUUGUCAAUAUAUCUUACUAAGUGGGUACUCGCAAAGGAUGAAGGACCUCCUGAAAUGGCUCAGGUAGGUUGACACUUUUGGUUUAUUGCUUUCUUCAUAUUUCAUAACCUCUAUUAUUCCAAUUAGUACACUAAGUCUUGUUCUUUGCUGGGGCAUGGAUUGUGUUGCAAUUAACCUUGUGGUUAUUUUAUCUUUUAUGCUUGUAUAACUGCAAAUUGUUUAUUAUGCUGAUCACUCUCUAAUUGUGGAUAGUUCAAUAUAUGUUUUGUUAUUUUCUGCUGAGUUUUCAUUUUUCUAGAGAAAAUUAGUUGCACCUGGCGGAGGCAUUACGAAUUUAACUUUUCAAACAUCCUGAGCCUUAUCAUCGUACUUUCUAGAUAUCAGAUGCCAUUCGUGAUGGCACUGAAGGUUUCUUCAGGACGCAGUAUGGAACUAUAUCAAAGAUGGCAAUGUUACUUGCACUACUGAUCCUUUGCAUAUACUUGUUCCGUAGUACAACUCCUGAAUAGGAAGCUUCGGGUGUAGGGAGGUGAGUGCCUCUGCUAAUAUAUUGUUGAUAAUGCUAUCUCUCUGUGUCUCACCCAUGGUGACAAAUUUUCUUGGUUUUGCUUGAUUAUUGCAGGUCGGUAACUGCAUUCGUCACUGUCACUUCCUUCCUUUUAGGCUCUCUUUGUUCAGGUGCUGCCGGUUACGUUGGAAUGUGGGUGUCGGUUCGUGCAAAUGUUAGGGUCUCUAGUGCUGCAAGGCGGUCAGCGAGGGAGGCACUGCAGAUAGCUGUUCGCUCUGGUGGUUUUUCUGCCAUGGUGGUUGUUGGAAGAAUAGCUAUCCUUUAUGCCACAUUCUAUGUCUGGUUGGGAGUGGAUUCUCCUGGAUCAAUGAAGGUCACAGAAUUACCUCUUCUGCUUGUUGGAUAUGGUUUUGGAGCCUCCUUUGUUGCUCUCUUUGCCCAAUUAGGUGGCGGAAUAUACACAAAGGCUGCUGACGUUGGGGCUGACCUUGUCGGAAAAGUGGAGCGUGGAAUUCCUGAAGAUGAUCCUAGAAACCCUGCAGUCAUUGCAGAUCUGGUUGGAGAUAAUGUUGGCGAUUGUGCUGCUCGCGGUGCCGAUCUGUUUGAAAGUAUAGCAGCUGAAAUAAUUAGUGCCAUGAUACUUGGCGGGACAAUGUCUAAACGCUGCAAAAUAGAAGAUGCAUCCGGCUUCAUCUUAUUUCCGCUCGUUGUUCAUUCAUUUGAUCUGGUUAUAUCUUCAAUUGGCGUACUCUCAAUUAGGGGUACACGGAAAGGCAGUGUGAAGUCUCCUAUGGAAGAUCCGAUGGCAGUCCUUCAGAAAGGAUACUCUAUUACGAUAGUUUUGGCUGUCCUUACAUUUGGUGCGUCAACCCGUUGGAUGCUUUAUACAGAACAAGCACCUUCAGCCUGGUUUAGCUUUGCCUUGUGUGGGUUGGUUGGCAUUAUCACUGCCUACGCUUUUGUCUGGAUCAGCAAGUACUAUACUGACUACAAAUAUGAGCCUGUACGCUCAUUAGCUCUUGCUAGUUCCACAGGUCAUGGAACUAACAAAAUUGCAGGAGUUAGUUUGGGCCUUGAAUCAACAGCACUUCCUGUUCUUAUCAUCAGUGUAGCCAUUGUUUCAGCCUUUUGGCUUGGUCAGAACUCAGGUUUGGUGGAUGAAUCAGGGAAACCUAUUGGUGGAUUGUUCGGUACAGCUGUGGCAACGAUGGGAAUGCUAAGCACUGCUGGAUAUGUUCUAACCAUGGACAUGUUUGGCCCUAUAGCUGAUAAUGCUGGUGGAGUUGUGGAGAUGAGUCAGCAGCCAGAAAGUGUUCGAGAGAUCACUGAUGUCCUAGAUGCUGUUGGAAAUACUACAAAAGCCACAACAAAAGGAUUUGCCAUUGGAUCAGCUGCACUUGCUUCUUUCCUUUUGUUUAGUGCAUAUAUGGAUGAGGUUUCUACUUUCGCCCAAGAACCUUUGACUCAGGUUGACAUUGCCAUUCCAGAAGUUUUUGUUGGAGGGUUGCUAGGGUCAAUGCUAAUUUUCUUGUUCAGUGCAUGGGCUUGCUCAGCGGUUGGUAAAACAGCCCAGGAGGUUGUUAAUGAAGUCAGAAGGCAAUUUAUUGAGAGGCCAGGAAUCAUUGAGUACAAGGAGAAGCCAGAUUAUGGUCGCUGUGUCGCAAUCGUGGCAUCUGCAUCUUUGAGAGAAAUGAUAAAACCUGGUGUUUUGGCUAUUAUAUCUCCCAUGGUAGUUGGUAUUGUGUUCCGGAUCCUGGGGUAUUGCACAGGACAACCACUUUUGGGAGCUAAAGUCGUGGCUGCAAUGCUGAUGUUUGCAACUGUGUCCGGUAUUCUCAUGGCUCUCUUCCUCAACACAGCUGGUGGAGCGUGGGACAAUGCUAAGAAGUACAUCGAGACAGGAGUUCUUGGAGGCAAAGGGAGUGAUUGUCACAAAGCCGCAGUCACAGGGGACACCGUCGGAGAUCCUUUCAAAGAUACGGCAGGGCCAUCGCUUCAUGUCCUCAUAAAAAUGUUGGCGACGAUCACUCUGGUCAUGGCUCCCAUCUUUCUGUGGAGCAAAGAGUUGUAGAGGAGGGGGAAUUACUGUCUUGCAAAUACAGAGGUAGUUUGAUUUUUGAUUGGAUGUAAAUGUAGGGGGAGCAAACCUGGGUAGGACUGACGGAUGAUCUGACUGUUAGUUUCUCCUGUUUUCGGGGAAACAACGAAUAAAGAGAUGAGGUUAGGAGAUGUGUAUCGUUUGUGCUUCUGUUUGUUUGUUCGUGGUAUGUGCUAACUUGAUAAUAUAUGUUUAGCUUGGAUGAUACAUUUUCGUGCCGAUUUCAUACUUACUCUGGCACAGGACUUUCAUCCUUACUACGGCAUGGCUGGAUGUGCGCGCUGUGCCUCUAAUCUCUGUUCUAGGAACCGAAUCCGGCAGUGGUUCAGCAGAAUAAACAGCAUUACUAAGU